GAACGAAAGGUAUCUGUGAAAAACCGGUUUCAUCUCGCUGGGAACCGCAUCCCUCUCAGAAGUGGCAUGCAUUGCAUCCAUGGUGAAGUUCGACGUCGAUCCGAUAUCGCUGCAGAGCGUGCUAGUGUCCUGCACCCCGGGGAGAGCCAUCUCGGCCCGGAUAUCAAAAGCGAGCGUACACAACAUGACAAGGCAUCGGAUUGGCCCUGGCAGUACUAAUUCGAAAAUAUCUGCAAGAGAACCGACGAUGACAUCACGUCACAUCGACCAAGCACGACGAGCGUAUCUGAUUAUGCACACUCCCUUUGAAAUGGCAUCUGAAUGGAUUUUCACAACCUCCCGCUCGGUCACUGAUGUUCUACGGCCACUUAUCGACACAUGUGCGCUUCCUGGGGCCGACGCUAUCUCACCAGGACUUGAUGCGAUCUGUGCAUCUCCUGGAAGCGCCGACGGGCUGCCAUGCCUUGGGAUGCGCCGCCGGCCAAAACUGACUCCGUGUGAGCCUGCGUGUCUGAGUGAAUCUGCUAAUCUGGCGUUGGCGUCCAGUGGCUGUGAACCGGGGCAUUGUUCCAGCGAGGCAGCGGGUAUAAAGAAACGCUGCUCGGACAUGAGGUAAAGCCCUUUACCUCCUGCCUCUGACCAUGUCCCAAGCUGAUAAAGAACAGGUCGGCAAACGAAAGGCAGAAGAAGAGCGUAUUGAGCGCGAGAGGGCCAGCGGGAAUAAGCUUUGGGGAGUCUACAUUUCCGAGGCGGAGAAGUACGAUCAAGGUCUGAUUGAUGGCUGGCACAGCGACAUGGAUGGACUGCUGAUCUUCGCCGGUCUCUUCUCGGGCGUCGUUACUACAUUGAUCAUCGAUAGCUACAAGACGCUAAACCCGGACUCGGGCAGCCAGACCGUCGCACUGCUCACCCAGAUCUCGCACCAGCUUGCGAAUCUGAAUAAUAGCACGGCAUUGACAGAUGCACUCCCUCCUGCCGCUCCCUUCUCACCCCCGAUCUCAGCUCUUGUCUGCAACGCACUGUGGUUUACCAGCCUUGCGCUCAGUCUGUCAAGCGCACUCGUCGCGACUCUGGUCGAGCAGUGGGCGCGCGAGUACCAGCACCGUACAACCAUGUUCUCAUCCCCCUCCAUCCGGUCCCGUGUGUACAUGUAUCUGUAUCACGGAUUGCAGCGUUUCAAUAUGCAUGCUGUCGUCGGUGUCCCGCUGCUUCUCCUGCACUGGGCACUUGUCCUGUUCUUUGCGGGUCUGGUCGCAUUUCUGGUGCCCGUCAAUGUAAUCAUCAUGGUCAUAACAUCCGCUCUCCUGCUUCUCUUCGUCUCGGUCUAUGGAACGCUCACCAUCCUUCCGUUGUUCUUCCUUGACUGUCCGUACCAGACGCCGCUCACACAAAUCUUGUGGUUGCUGAAUCAGACCUGGGGAAGUGUACUGAGGGCUUACAUUCGAAGGACAGUGGCUGUUUGGGAGGUCGUCUUUCGAAAGCGAAAGACUGUGACAGACCCCGAGAAACCCGCCGAAUCUCCUGUAACAAACCCCGGUACUUCUGCCAAGCCUCCUGCACGUGAAGACACCCGUACGGAGUCGCAGAGCAUGGCCGAGGCCAUCAAAUCAGAAGCACUGCAUCCCCCAGUCAAGACGGAGACGCACGCACUCGCGUGGACCGUUCGGUCUCUGUCUGACGACGAGGAGCUCGAGAAACUUGUCGAGGGGCUGCCCCAGACGCUGUGGGAUUUCGAUCAAAACCAGCCUCGCGGCGUGUAUCGGGCACUAUUCCAGUCCCUGCUGUGUGAUCCUGAAGUCCAUCUGGGUCAGCGUCUCGCUGAUUUCAUGGCUGGCUCCAACAGCAAUCUGCUCGAGCACAAGGACCGCCUUCGCCGCCAGCUGUCCGUGCUCCGGGCCAUCUGGGCGAUCUGCGCGUUCUCUCUUCACACGGAUUCGCCUUUGCAAAGUCCAAUCGGAGAAGCCCACGUGGACCACGCGCUGCUUGGCUCGAAAUUUCUUGAUUCUCCUGACGUGCAGAGCAUGCUCCCCGACGUGUCUGCUCUGAUCCGUCUCAACGUCAUCGAGUUUCGGAACCGGGAACGGGCCCUCACACAAGCAAGCAACUCCAACGGUGGCAUCCGUACCGCAGCGGAGGAGAAACGGCAAGCAGACAUGCAUGAGACGUACACAGAUUAUCUGCUGGCACUUUCCCAAUGUGCUGCCAGCUUCCAACGGGAUGUGACCCAUUCACUCUUUGAUCAAUCACAAAUGCAGUUCACGGAAGCGGAGGGCUACAAAACCCUGCACGAUGCUUUCACACAGCUGAUUUAUUCAACGUUGGACAAUGGAACGGACGAAACAGCGGACAACGUCGUCUUUGCUGCUCGCCUGAUGAUCAGCCCGUUUGCUCAGACAUCGGAAUAUCCCGAUGAGUACCUGUGGCCCCUUGCGCAGUUCCUUGUCGGACAUCCGUCCAUCGCCGUCUCCGACUCACAGCCCGCUUCGAAGCAUCAUUACACCCGAUUCCUGUGCUACAUGCUAUGCAAGAACUUGGCGUACCCAGCAUAUCCCCAGGAAUCUGUUGACGCCCUCGAGCUGAUUUAUCGGAAUUUCCUUGCGUCUAGGGUGCCACCAAAAGACCCCGAUACCCAUCUGUUGGUCCUCCGCACUCUGCGCACUCAAGCAGCUGACAUCCGCACGCAUCGUUUUGCUGCCAUCGUCCAGUGCGUCGCGCUUGGAAGUUUCUGGGAGGAUUUCUCAGGAUCGGCGGAUUUGUCGGAAUGGGGGCGAUUGCCGAGUAUCUUCGACGACGAGGACUGGUUCCGCUCUGUGAUCGGCCUCGACAACGAUAAGCGGACGAAGAGCGCAUCGGCAUAUCAAAUUUACAACUGUGGCCGUGUGGGUGUUUUCACCGCUGUCUUCGAGCAGUGCAUGGCCCGGGGUUCGGAUCAAACAGAGCGGGACCGGGACUUUGAGAUGCUCAAUUCGGUAGUGCGCCACACGGGCAUAUACAUUUCUUCGGGGAUCCCCACUGAACUGCAACGUCGUUUCGCCGACGCCGCCUCCGGAUUCAUCCGCAAAUAUCCAAACAACUGUCUUGCGAGUGAGAAUGGGUUCUUCUCGGUGCUUCACUUGGCCGUCCGUGCUCACAAGGGGUGGAUCGAGAAUUUGGAUGCAUUGCGCGUCCUGGACACGGCUCUGUCGGAGGUGCAGACAGAAGAUCAGCAGAAAUCACAUAGGGACCGCGCUCAGGAAAUCCGGGAUCGGAUGCAGGACCGGCUCUAUCCCGAAGACAUUUUUGCCGCCUUUGUCUCGCUGUUAAGCGACGGGCAGUGA